AGGAAAUGUGCGCGUCGGAGGGAGACCGGGGCUCCGCAGCAUCCUGAGCGCGGGGCGAGCCAGCUGACAUGACCGCGCUCUGUGUCGCCCUGGUCUUGGCCCUGGGACUCGCGCUCUGUCACUCCGACCAGGGCACUGAUGAGGAGUUGGAACACUCAGGACACAGCGCCACAGAAGAAGCAAUACUAGACGAGGAGACAGCCACGAGUGCCUUGGCUGUCGGGACCACAGAAGUGUUAGCCACAGACACAAAUUCUCCCGACACUGGUCUUGAGACUGGAGAUCCCUCAGGCCAGCUGCAGUUUGUGUCAAUGGUGGCGGUCCCACUGACGGUGCUGGUCUUUCUUCUGUCGGUGAUUCUCAUCGCCAUCUACUUUAAGAGCAAGAGACCUAAACGAGAGCCUUCUAGCCAAGGAUCUCAAAGCGUCUUGCAGACAUAUGAACCAGUUGGGGAAAACCUGAAAGUCCCUAUUUUUGAAGAGGACACACCCUCUGUUAUGGAAAUAGAGAUGGAAGAGCUUGAUAAAUGGAUGAACAGCAUGAAUAGAAACGCCGACUAUGAAGGUUUACCUACUUUGAAGGAAGAAAAGGAACCAAACCUCAGCCCAAGUGACAACGAAUCCUAAAUCUGAGCAGUGUUGAUGUUUUCCAAGAGCGCACUCCCUGAGGGCACUUGCUGGGCCUGCCAAGGGAAGAUGAAGAGGAGACACGUUUAAUUAAUUUCAAAUCAGUGUAGACACAAGAAGCUUUUGCUGUUUCUUCCACCGCCCCUCUUCAGAAGAUGACAUCGUGGACUUGGAAGAAGGAAGGACUGAAGUCCUAGGAAAGGUCUGGCUGCCCGCCAUCCCACUCAGGGUGCAGGAGCGCUGAGGCGCUGGCUUCUGAUCAGUGGCUCUCCCCUCCUCACUCUCACUGCCUUCUCCUCCCUCGUUCUCAUCACCCUUAAUUUGCCCUCGCUGCUCUGCUUCACCCCUGAGGGUUCAAAUCAGGAAGCUGGUCUUCUUCCAGGUCACCUCACUAUCUAACAGCUUUGGAUAAUGUCCUCUCAUUAUUCAUGUCCUCUGACCGGUCAACUCUGUUCAUCUGGGGACUUUUCUCAUGUUACAUUAUGCCUUGGAAAAGACACCAAACAAAGCCAAGUGUUUCAUAGCCACACCGUCCCAGGGAGUUGUUAAGCUUGUUUCUUACCUGCUAAGAAAACAUAGCAAGAAAGUACACAGUCCUCACGGGAGAUUCUUGGGUGGCUCGUAGAUAUGCACCUAGUCACACUCCUCAGCCACGCCUAGCCACCUCUCAGUCACUUUUGGAACCUUUGUGGAAGAAAUAGCAAUCUUUAAAGGGAGAAGCAACAUUGCAAUCUUUAAAGGGAGAAGCAACAUUUUCCUUCUCCACUAAGAUCACCUCCAUUUGCAAGAUCUCGAUGCUGCCGUUCCCACCUUGUCUCAUCCCACAGGCCUGACCUGUGUUGUGCAGGCAUGGGGCAUGGAAUGCGUGCAGGCUGAGAUCAUCUGUCACCCUUCUGCAUCAUGGAGAUCUUCAAGGCUGACCAAGAUAUAGCUAUCCCCGUGGCAGCUGUGGCUCACUGUGCUCUCCAGUCUCUCCUACAGGAUACAGCCCUUCCUGUAGGGCUGGGAAGAGUGCCCAGUCCUCAACACAGCACUUCGAGGUGGCUAUCAGGCCAUCAGAGAAGACAUUCUCCAUGAGAUUACUUGACAUCCAUGUGCUAAAAACAAUGGAGCAAAAUGCAGAAGGGCCCGCGAACCUCUUCUCUAUCAAGUCAGUCCCGUUUAGUCCUUAGCGUUCUAAUUCUGACCUCAGGAAGGCUGUCUAGCAAAUCCAGUCCUCCGCUCUCCUGGGAUGCUUGGUAUUUUAUUCCAGGAAAGAAACAGAAUGAAAAUUUUAUUCUGCAAACCCCAUAUAAACCGAGGGGAGAUGAAGUUAACAGAACUUUUUGCUGCUGACUUUGGGGUCUGUGUUUGAAAGGCUGCCUUCACGCUCCACGGAGUGCCUUCUGCCUCCCUGGGGCCCCUCUAUUGAGCUCUUACCUUCUGAGCUAUGCAGAUAAUUUUAUAGGCAGAGCUGCAGACUAGGGUGGUUUCUCUAUCCAGUGAAAGACAACUCUGGUUGCACUGAAUCCCGGCUCUCCCACUGUCCUGGGACUGUGCAGUGCUCUGACAGAAGACAGUGUUCAACAGUGUAUUCUCCACAGGUUUGUCUGUCAUGUUCCCAGCAUUCGCACUGACACACCUCUGAGUUCCUGCCCCUGUGGACACUCACAAUCGAUUUAUAAUCUUCUCUGGUUCUCAGACAUUCACCCGGCAGAUGCCACCUUCUGAAUCAUCGUUCCUCGUCUGUUCUUCUGCCCAUGACUGUUAUUUUAAAUCUGUCUCUCUUCUCUGAAAAGUCUAGUUCCUUCUUUCUCGAACUGUUUAAGAUUCUCGCUGACUACCCGGGCCUCUGACCUGGAUCUAAUCCUGUCCAAUAUCAGACUUCAGAAGUUCUCAGGAGUGUCUGAGGUCUUGGACUGUUACUUUGGAUAAAACAGUGUUUCAUGAGAUGAUAAUGAAAUCCUCAUUCAAUAUGCUAAAUAACCUCAAACUCCCAAAGAAACAAAUUCACCAGCAUGAUGUUGAGUUUACUUCUGAGAACUGUGUUGACUUCUCUAGGGUCACAGAGCACAGGAACUUUCUACAAAGCUAGUUUGCUCUGGCAAGACUCAUGACAUGAGCAUGGCUCAAGCAGUCAAUUUAACCUUAGGAGCCUGAAUCUUUUUAUUACUAUACAGUCGGAGCAUAGCAUAUGCAUAGGACAAUUCCAAGAAUUCUUUUUUACAUUUUUUAAAGAUUUAUUUACUUAUGUAUCUGAGAGCUCUAUUUGCAUGUGUGCCUGCAUGACAGAAGAGGGCAUCAGAUCCCAUUAUAGAUGGUUGUGAGCCACCAUGUGGUUGCUGGGAAUUGAACUCAGGACCUCUGGAAGAGUAGCCAGUGCUCUUAACCACUGAGCCAUCUCUCUAGCCCUCCAAGAAUUCUUAAAACAAAAUAUUUAUCUUUUGCAUUAUUAGUAGGAAAAAACCCCAUCAAUUUGUUCUAGCCAGAUAGCCAAUCAGAACAAAUCGGAUUUUAAAAUAAAGAUGUGCAGAGAAUUUAUCACAGUUGGUGGAUUGUUUGCACAGCAUGCACAGAACCCUGGAUUCAAUUCCUCUCAUUGCAUAAACUCAGUGUGGCUGCAGGUAGAUCAUUCCUCCAAGCUCAAGGUCAUUGUCAGCCACAUAGUGAGUUUGUGCUCAGCCUGGAAUAUGUAAGACCCUGACUCAAAAACAAAACAAAACAAAA